GCCCAUGCCCAGCAGCUCUGUGCUCCUUAGCAUCCUGCAACAGAAGCCUGGGAGGCUGGACUGGGGUCAGUGUGCUGAAGCCCGGGCCCUCUCUUUCGCUGAAACCUACCCGCGUACGGCCCUGAGUGGGCAGCCAAAGGUUGCACCUGGAGUCCAGAGCCUGAGAUGGAGCCCGGCCUGCAGUCUAAGACUGCUGCCCUGUGCCCAGGCGGGCCAGCCUUGCUGCUGUGGGUCUCAACACUGAGCUGUUCUGUCUCCUCGCUGGCUUCUCCCUCUCCUUCUCUGGUGCCCCAACACCGAACCAGCUACAAUUCCGGAAGGACUUUCCUCGGUCUUGAUAAAUGCAAUGCCUGCAUCGGAACAUCUAUUUGCAAGAAGUUCUUUAAAGAAGAAAUAAGGUUUGACAUCCAGCUGGCCUCCCGCCUUGGACUGCCUCCUGACUACUUGCCCUCUUACCCUGCAAAUUACUCUGAUGAUUCCAAAACCUGGCGCCCUGUGGAGCUCUCGAGGCUGGUCGGCAAACAGCAGAGUGAGAUCUCAGACAGGAGAAUCUGUGCCUCUGCAGCAGCCCCAAACACCUGCAGCAUUGAGCGCGUCUUGCGGAAAACAGGGAGGUUCCAGAAGUGGCUGCAGGCCAAGCGCCUCACGCCGGACCUGGUGCAGGGCCUGCCUAGCCCCUUCCUGCGCUGCCCAUCACAGCGACUCCUGGACCGUGUGGUCCGGCGCUAUGCAGAGGUGGCCGACGCAGGCAGCAUCUUCAUGGACCACUUCACUGACCGUGACAAGCUGCGUCUGCUCUACACGCUGGCUGUCAACCCGCAUCCCAUCGUGCUACAGAUCUUCCCUGGUGCUGAGGGAUGGCCGAUGCCCAAGUACCUGGGCUCAUGUGGCCGAUUCCUGGUCAGCACGAGCACCAGCCCGCUGCAGGAAUUCUAUGCUGCACCCCCCAACCAGGCAGCCGACCUGGCCUACCAGCUCCUCGGUGUCCUGGAGUCUCUGAGGAGCAACGAUUUGAACUACUUCUUCUACUUCACCCACGUUGAUGCGGGCAUGUUUGGCAUCUUUAACAAUGGGCAACUGUUCAUCCGGGAUGCCAGCGCACUGGGUGUCAUCGACAAACAGGAAGGCAACCAAGCAGCUUCCAGGGCAGGAGACAGUAAAGACAUCUUCAGUUGCCUGGUGUCUGGCUGCCAGGCUGAGCUGCCCCCCUGCAACAGCAUCCCUGAGAAGCAGGGCCUGGUGCUGGCAUGCGGGCAGGUGCUGCCCCGACUUCUCCAUGGCAAGUUCCCAUCUCCAGUGCAGCAGGAGAUAGAUGCGGCACUCGCCCGGUGUGGGGAGGCCGCCCGCCCUGACCCCGACGUCCUGGGGGCCGCCAGCCGGCUGAAGGACAUCUUGAGGCCCUUGAGGACCUGUGACCCCAGAUUUGCCUACCGCUACCCAGACUGCAAGUAUAAUGAUAAGUUCUGAGGGGCCAGAGCCUUGCUGGCCCCCGGGAGGAUGACCUGGGCCUUUUGUUGCCUGGUGGGGUUGCUGCCAGGUUUAAAGAAGCAGCUCAUUUUAGGCAUUAGGAGAAAUGCAUUUUCAUUUCCCAGGGACUAAGGAACACUUGGAAGGCCAGUGGGGAGCUGGGUGACAGGGCACAAUUGUCCUCUGGCUGAGAUGACGUGCUAGAGCCCAGGGGUGGCCAUCAGACGAUGAGGGUGUAGAUGCUUGCUGGACCUCUUUGCACUUCAGUUUCCUCUGUUCUCCACCAGACUCUCAAGCUGGUGAAAGAAGACAGACAGGUGAAGGGCCAGAGACACAUGCUCUCUCCUCCCAUCCCAGUGGUUACAGAGUGUCCCAGAAACAUUCACAGGCAGGGCGAAUGAGACAGAGCUGUGGAGGGAAGGCAUGGGAAUCUGAGGCCCCUGCCAGUGCCACAUUAGACUCGGACAAGAGGGGCCCCUUCCUGCUCCUUGUGGCCCUGCACAUGCCCUCCUGCAACACUCCCCACCCCACCUCAGAGUGAUGAGAGGCUGUGCAGGCAGAAGCAAGCCCUUGGGUGCCAAAUAGGACCCCAAAGGUAUGCGCAAGUCACCCAGAGGUGUGGGAAGGAGCCAGGGCGAAGAAGACAAGGGUGUGGGCUGGGAACCAAUGUGUUUGCCCAGGACCCUGAGAAGCAGGUGUCAAGACCGGAUGAAACCAGCAAGGACUGUAUUAGGGAACCUGCCUGUGUGGGAGGAGGAGGGAGCCAGAGAGAGCUGGCAGAGCCAACAGGCCAUGCUACAGGUCUGAGCCCAAGUCUGGGAGAGAAGGCCAGAUGGGAGCAUCCCAGCCUGGCAUCUGUGCCAUCUGGGAGGUUCAGCCUGGCUGUCAGGGUGUCCUUGAGGGGAACCAGAGGUGAAGGUGCCCUGAGUCUCCCAAGAAAGGACAACCCUCAUAUCUCCGCUGCACUCAGUUGUCGGCAGGAAACAGCCCACGGGAAGCAUGACCUCAUCCCAAAUGCACAGAUGGAUUUCAAAGCACGCACAGGGUCCCAGGCCAGUUCUGCUCCCUGGAGCCUGUGGUCUGUAAGUAGAACAUUCUCAUCAUAGGCACAGCUGGGGCCGGGGCCAGCUCUCUCCACACCUCGGUCUCUAGUGCAGGGCUCAAAGGAGUCUGAGAAUUUUCAUUCAAACUUAGCCUUUUGGGUCAUUAUAAAAAUAGUUUUUCAAGGUCAGCCAAUGCAACAUACUGCACUCAACAGCUUAUGAGUUUGCUUUACACCGUUAGCCAUGUGGUAUGUGGGCUUCCAUGUGUGUUCUUGCCUUGGAGAAUUGGAUGUUAUUGGAGGCUCUUUGGACCUUUGCCCAGCCUCCCUGCCAGCCCUCUACCUCCCGGGACCUCUCCCUUUUCUACCUCUGAACCACCACCUUCAGAUUAGACUGCCUGGCUUUCACAGGCUUCAUGCUGCAGACAGGAAACUGAGGCAGGAGCAAGAGGCACUCGCUGGGAUAGUUUCAGAACUCCUGCUACCAGUCCACGUUCUUCUUACCUUCCCCUUCAGCCUCAACUCACCUUGUCCUCCCCAGUUCUGGUCCCUUCACUCACAUUUAAAGAUGGGCCAAGAAAAGUCCUACUUUGUGGUCCAUGAAGAUGCCUUUGGGGUUUGCCUUUUGGCUGCUCCAGCAUUACCCCCAGGGCAACUGGGACAGUGAGGUAACAGGCCAAGCUUCUGGAAGGGCAGGCUUGGGUUGUGUGAGAGUCUUGGAGACACUUGCCUCUGGCUUGGUCUGGAUGGUGAGGAUUGACCACCCCUCCCAAUGCCUUGUUUUCAGCUCAGUGGAACUGAUCUUAGACUUCUGGCCUUCAGAACUAUGAGAGAAUAAAUGUCUUCUGUUUUAAGCCACCUAUGUUGCAGUGACUUGCUAUAGCAGACUCAGGAAACAAGCAAACACCUCUAACUCCAUCCUAGUGUCUGCUUCCAGAAAACCCAACUGCAAUAGUCCCCAGCUCCAGUUUGUGGUGAUGGGCUCAAAAGCCCCACCCAACAUGGGGGGAUGUGUUAUAGAUCUGUCCCCAGAGCUGUGACUUGGAUGGUUCCAUUCUUCUGCUUGCUAAGUCCCAUGCAUCAUUUAAGACCUUUUCCUGAGUUCUAGCUUUUCCUGACAGCCCAGCUCCCAGCAAACCCAUUCUGAAUCCCAUCUCUGUACCCUUGAACCUCAGGACUGUGCCCCACUUGAGGCUAAGCCCAAGGAUAUUCCAGAGAGGUCUAUGUCCCACCUUCCCAUUCAUCUGGGAGCUCCCUGAGGAUGGAAGUGGCAGGGGGCCCCUUGUGCUCCCCAUAGCAACCAGCACAGGGCUGGAUGCAUAGCAGAUGCUCAAAAAUUUUCCUGCUGCAGUCAAUGACUGCAUUCUUCAGCCCUUUUUGCUUGGUGUUUUGCAUACACCAUGUGCUACAGACUGAACGUUUGUAUCCUCCCAAAUUCAUAUGUUGAAAACCCAACCUCCAAUGUGAUAGCAUUAGGAGGUGGGGCCUUUGGGAGGUGGUGAGGUCAUAAGGGUGGAGCCCUCAUGAAUGAGAUCAGUGCCCUUAUACAAGAGACCUGGGGAAGCUCUCGGGCCCCUUCCACCUUGUGAGGACACUGUGAGAACACGGACAUCUGUGAGCCAGGAGGCAGGCUCUCACCAGACACUGAAUCUCCAGCACAUUGAACUUGGACUUUCCAGCCUUCAGAACUGUGAGGAAUAAAUGUUUGUUGCUUAUAA